AUGACCAACUUCUUUGCCUUGCUGCUUCUACUGCUCACACAUAUCACGCCAGUGCGCAGCGUGACCUGGGUCAAGGGCGCUGGGGGCGCUAGCUGUGACUACACUUGUUCUCAGCGCGAUGGAUGUAGUGAAGAUGCUUGGCCAAAGACCGAAACAGAGUUCUAUGCGGUUUCGAAGCUUGCAGGUCAAGUCUGUGAGAGUACGCAGACCGGCAGCGCCAAGUAUGAUCCCAGCACGGACGGUCGUUAUUGUGGCUGGCAGGGCCCGGAGGAGAUGGAAGAAGGGGAGACGAGAUGUAGCCAAGCCACGGACUCUGGCACCUAUCGCUUUUGCGGGAAGAUGGGCGCAUCUCUCGAAGAUGAGGCUGUGUCAGACCUGCAAGCACCCAAGCCCGAGCCCACGCCUCAGCUGGCACCAGCUUCAAAAUAUGGGAGUGCGGUCGAUGUGUUUUGGUCGAAUCAAAGGCAACACGUUCUGGAACAGGAAGGCGAUGAAGUUCUUGGUGCCUUGAACGCACGACAGAUCGGAGGCAAGGCUCGUGGUGCCGAGUACUGGGAGAAUUACACCUUUGAUGCGAACAGCACCCUGCGCAGUGGCUACUAUCAUAACCCCAGCCUCAGAGAGGUGCACAGCAUCCAGAGGCGUAUGGGCUAUGACCAUUUGGCCACCAGCACGCGCUACGGCAAUACGUGCUGCGCCUCCUGUGGCUCUGUGAACACUGCGGAGCUGGUCAAGGGGACUGGCUUUUAUGCAGUGGCAUCUGCCGAGUCGAUGCAAGCCGAUGGAAUCGGUGAUGGACAUUAUUGCACUUCUUCUCCUCAUACGAGCCGCGGCACCACAGGCAUGGGAUGCCUGUCCUGCGCGAGGGGCAAAUUCCUGAAAGCUCAUCCCUUCUCCUACCCACUUUGGGCACAACCUGGAGAUGAGAUCUUCUCCAAGGAGCUGAAGAUUGUGGUAGCAGACACAUGCCCCCACACGGGCAACGAAGGCUGGUGCCCUCGGCAUCAGGGACAGGGGAACAAGUUCGGUGUGAAGCACCACUUUGACUUCGCCGACCCGCCAGCCAAAUAUGACAACUACUACUUCGUGUGGUCGAAGAUGGAGUGCCCGAACUACAUCAAGCGACGCUAUGCACGACUGAGCCGAUGCUGA